CCUAGUGUGGGAAGGGAUAUUUUAUUGUCAUAUGCAUCAAUGUCAUAAUAUAUAUUUUAUUCAUAAAUCAACAUCAGAAGGGAUACGCGAGACAUAACAGACGAGCCAAGUCAGCCGACGUGCUAACGCAUAUGAACGCAUACGCCGACUUUCGAACCGGCUAUGGCUAUGGCUAUGCUUAUGUGUGCGCUCUUCUACCCGCCCGAAGCUGGCCGAGCCGCGCCGAGUCGCCGCCGAGCGCCCAGCGCACACGUACACGGCUCCGUCAGCUGUGUGCGUGUCCCCACCAGGCGCGCAGGCAGCGGGCAAACAGCACCAUUGGCACCUCUGAACACAGCCCUUGUCAGUAUGUUACCACGGAAAUUCCCCAUAAGCUGCUCUUACUAGCUAAACUUUGGGAAAAGCGAAUCCGUAAUUCCCGACCGGCCGACAGAGGUCUCCACUCUUACUCCUGUCGACCCUUAAUGUGCCGCACUGGCUAG